UUCCUCUUCCGGAAUGACUGAUGGGAGGAAGUUGGUGUGCAGAGCGGCUUUUCUGCUGUUUCCAUGGUGGAAGCAGCAGCUGGCAGACAAAGAAGAUGGCAAUGAGCAAUCUGGACAACUGAGGAUAACAAACAACUUUGAAUAGCAAAACAAGUCAGUCCAGAAAUCAAAAUAUUUUCCAUUUCCUUCAGAGUGUCCCCCAGCAGGUGAGAGAGAAAUGAGAGAAAAUCAAGAAGAGAUUUCUAACUGGAAAAAUAGAGUGUGAAAUUAAAGCAUACGUUACAUGAAAAGUCAAGGGAGAUUAUUUUUCCAUUCAGGAAAAGGGGGAAAUAUCUGGAAGUUACUGGGGAGGAAGCCACGUAGAGCAGACAGUGUUGAAGGCCUCGCUCUGGGAGGAAGAAAAUCACCAGUAAAUCAAAGCAGCACUAAAGGGAUUAUCCAUAUUUUUGACCACCUCAAGAAUAUUAGUUGUGGAAAAACUCCAUAGACGUUUUUGUUCUGGGAAAGAUACAACUUGCAAAUCACAGCUGAUUAUGCCAGAGGGGAUCCAGACUGGAGAAAAACCGUACAAAUACUCUGAAUGUGGCAAAAGCUUUGGUCAGAACAACUUCAUUUUCUUUCAUGGAAGGACCCACACAAGAGAGAAGCCCUAUAAAUGUUCCCAAUGUGGUAAAUGCUUUAGCAAGCAUGGCAACGUGGACUCACACCAAGGAGAAACCCUUUGAAUGUCCUGAUUGUGGGAAACGUUUCAUUCAGAAUUCCAGCCUGGUUAAACACCAGAGGAUUCACACAGGAGAUAAACCCUUUGAAUGUCCUGAUUGUGGGAAAAGUUUCAGUCAAAAUUGCAACCUCAUUGGCCACCAGAGGAUUCACACAGGAGAGAAACCCUUUGAAUGUGAUUGUGGGAAAUGUUUCAGUCAGAAUUCCAGCCUGGUUAAACACCAGAGGAUUCACACAGGAGUGAAACCCUUUAAAUGUCCUGAUUGUGGGAAAUGUUUCAGUGAUAAUUCCAGCCUGGUUAAACACCAGAGAACUCACACAGGAGAGAAACCCUUUGAAUGUCCUGACUGUGGGAAAAGUUUCAGUCAGAGUUCCCACCUCAUUGGCCACCAGAGGAUUCACACAGGAGUGAAACCCUUUGAAUGUCCUGAUUGUGGGAAAAGUUUCAGUCAGAAUUCCAGCCUGGUUAAACACCAGAGGAUUCACACAGGAGAGAAACCCUUUGAAUGUCCUGACUGUGGGAAAAGUUUCAGUCGGAAUUCCAGCCUGGUUAAACACCAGAGGAUUCACACAGGAGUGAAACCCUUUGAAUGUCCUGACUGUGGGAAAAGUUUCAGUCGGAAUUCCAACCUCAUUGGCCACCAGAGGACUCACACAGGAGAGAAACCCUUUGAAUGUCCUGACUGUGGGAAAAGUUUCAGUCAAUAUUCCAACCUCAUUGGCCACCAGAGGAUUCACACAGGAGAGAAACCCUUUGAAUGUCCUGACUGUGGGAAAUGUUUCAGUCAGAAUUCCAGCCUGGUUCAACACCAAAGGAUUCACACAGGAGUGAAACCCUUUGAAUGUCCUGAUUGUGGGAAAAGUUUCCGUCAGAUUUCCAGCCUGGUUAAACACCAGAGGAUUCAUAUAGGAGCGAAACCCUUUGAAUGUCCUGAUUGUGGGAAAUGUUUCAGUGAUAAUUCCAGCUGGGUUAGACACUGGAGGAUUCACACAGGAGAAAAACCAUUUGAAUGUCCUGAUUGUGGGAAAUGUUUCAAUUUAAAUUCUAGCUUGGUUAGACACCGGAGAACUCACACAGUAGAGAAACCCUUUGAAUGUCUUGAUUGUGGGAAAUGUUUCAGUGAAAAUUCUAGCUUGGUUAGACACUGGAGAACUCACACAGGAGAGAAACCAUAUGAGUGUCCAGACUGUGGGAAAGAUUUCAGUACUAAGGAUAGCCUUCUAAAUCAUACACACGGGAAAAACCAUUUAAGUGCCCCGAGUGUGCAUGAUGCUUCAGGAAACCUUCCAACCUUAUCGUACACUAGAAUAUCCACAUGAGGCCCAAAGUGAUGAGUGUAGACAGAGUUUGAAUUUCAUUUCUAAUGUCACAUUGUAAGUCCAGCUGAGAAAUUGACUAUUUAAUUUGACUACAAAGAAUUUGCCUGAUUUUUUGUAGGCAAAUAUGUCAUGAUAUUAGUCAGAAAGGAAGAAAGAAAAAAUUGGAACAUACUAGUUUGAUAAAGGCUAUCUGGCCAUCAGCAGCAGAAGUUGCUGAAUAUUUAUUUUUGCAGAAAUUGUACAAUUAUGUAAAAAUCUUUUUGGGAGUGUUCUUUGCAUUUUUAUCAUGGUAGAUGAUAGAAAUGCCACAGGCAUAGUCCCAGCCUUUUUCUCCCUGGGUGCCCCCGAGAUUUUCAGCCCCAGAAUUCCCCCAGCCAGCAUCUCUUUGGGAUAGGAGCACUCAGACUAUAGUUAGAGAUUGUGGCUCCUCAUAUAAUAGCAAUAGCACCUUGACUUAUGUACCGCUUCAGAGUGCUUUAUAGCCCUCUCUAAGUGGUUUACAUAGUCAGCAUAUUGCCCCCAACAAUCUGGGUCCUCAUUUUACCGACCUCGGAAGGAUAGAAAGCCAAGUCAACCUUGAGCCGGUGGGAAUUGAGCUGCUAAACUUGCCACCAUGGCUCUUAUGAGGAGAAAGUGAGCGUAGAGUGGAGGGAUUCAAAGUUCAUCUUUUCCUAACUGUUCCAGGAAUUCAGCGCACGAAGCAUGUCUGUUCAGAUUGUAUCAAGAAUGAGGCACGCAAGUGGAAGACACCACAUAAAUAGCAAAUAUUUUGGGGGAGUUUGGGGCAGUGACAAAACCAGUGUAAAAUUUCAGAUGUAAAGGCUGUUCUGCCCUGCAGGUGACCUUCAUGAAGAAGAGCUGUAGAAAUACUGAGUUGAGGAGAAAAGGGAUUGUGGUUUUCAGCACAGGAUCUCCAGGUUUAUUCACAACUCCUGCUGUGAUCUCCUUUGUUUUUAGGGGCCUCCUUGUUAAGACUUUGACAGCUGGGGCCUGAGAGCAGCACCAAGGGACUGAUACUUUUGUGGUUCUCCCCUCUUGGUGGGGAGAUGUGAGAAAAAAGUUGUACAGUAGAUAAUCAAGCAAAAUUAAAUGAAGCCAAUCUAAGAGUCAGAGGGGAUGGUCUAUAGAGCGAGGUCAAAAGCCAUAAGUCCCUACUCAGACGAACAGUCCAUUUCCUCAGAACCAAACUUUGAAGCUCAGAUUGAAAGGUGGAAAGUAGGUGUUAUUUGGAAGAUACUGGAUCUUGAAAACUGCAGCCUUGAAUUUGGGGCUGGAGUAGCAGGAACAGCUGCAUGGAUAGAUUUUUUGGGGAGGAAGAAAGCUCAGUUUGGUGGUCACCAGGCUACAGCCUGAGAGACGCUCAUUUCCGGUCCUGCUUUAGGCACAAAGCCAUCUCAGAGGCCUUGGCCUGUCCCGUCCUCUCAGGUCUUUGAAGGGAAAUCUGCUUACAAAAAAUCUUGCCAAGGAAACUGCAGAGAAACGGGAGUGCAGGAUAACUCCCCAAAACCUACUUUUGCAACUUUGGAGAGUGAAGCCUGACCUACUUAGCUUCCCAAGAUUAGGGACGUGUUGUGCCAUAAAUAUUUAUGAAGUUCUUGUUUGUAUGCACAGCUGCUAAAUUAUUUCCAGCUUCAUCCUAUGAAUGGAAUAAUGAAACCUGGAACAAUAACAAUAACACCCACCUUCCAAACCACAUCUAGAUAGGAGAGAUUCUUUCUGUCUGCAUCCUUGCAGAGCCUAAAUCUCACUUGGGGGAAGAGUUGCUCUGAGCAGCCUUCCCAAUCUCCACAGGAGUUAGCUUUAUUAUUCCCAAACAGUUUGGGCAAAAGACUUGGAGGGCACUACUUUGCAGAAAGCUGAUGUAUAGAUUUCUGCACUUUCUUAGGGGUGACUCAGUGGAGAUCAAAACCUCUCUACAUCCCCCAAACUUUAUGACUGAUUUGCUGUGUCUGCCAAGGAUUUAAGACCCAGGAGAAUCAGUGGGUCAGAGGCUCAAAGGGAGCCAGCUUCAUUCCUGCUGCCCAGAGCUGCUUCCAAGCACACCCAUGCUAAAUGCCUUGUGCGUCUAUAACUUUGCAUACACAGAAGUCUCCAUUAGGUCAAAGUGAGAAAGUCACAUACCCAGCAGGGCUGGAAAAGGGGAUUUAACAAGAGGAGAUGACUGCCUGUAUAUGGUAAGAGCAAUGUUUCCAAAAGGCAUUUCCAAGGGCUGGAAAAAAGAUUGGUAAUACAGAUGUUCAUGCAACAAUGUACCACUCUUUGUUUGAUACCCAUUCCUUUUUUAAAUUCAAUAUAUUAAUCUAAUAAAAUAUACAAAAUCCUUGCCAAGGAAACUGCAAGGCCAGGCAUCAA